AGCCCGGGGGUGACGAUGGUCCCGGCCCCCCCCCGGAUCCGGCUCCCUGGGGCGUCGAGGCUUGGGGGGGGGACACGGUGCGAGGCGGGUCCCCACCCGGCCCCGGCCCCGCACCCCAUUGGUUGCCCGUCGCUGUCACUCAUCCGCCCCCCUAGAAAAGCCGCGGCGGAGCGCGGGGCGCCGCACACCGGGAACGGCGGCGGCACCGGAGCAGCCAUGAGCGAGCGCAGCCCCCAUGAGUCCCCCUCGGCGGCGGAGGCCCCCGGCGGGCAGGAGGAAGCCAAAGCUACCGACCCCAAGAAGGUGGAGGAGGAGGAGGAGAUCGACAUCGACCUGAGCGCCCCUGAGACGGAGAAAGCCGCGCUCGCCAUCCAGGGGAAAUUCCGCCGCUUCCAGAAGCGGAAGAAGGAGUCGGGGCCCUGAGCGCCGCGGGGUCCCGGGACACCCCCCCCCUCCUGCGGCGGGCCCCCCGCUCUUGCACGGGGGCACGGCCCCAUCCUGACCUCCGUCGUGCCGGGGCUGCCCCGUCCUCGGCCAGUGGGUCCGGGGCAGGGGGGGCUCAGCCCUUCCUUACCCCUCGCCUACUCCUGAGCCAGGACCCCGGGUGAAGUCGGGGGCUCGAUGUAAGGGGGGGACUCGGCCGAGUCUCCUGUGUCCCCCCGGCGUGGAGGUGGCCCCUGGGCGAGGGGAUGGCACGGAAAUGCCCCUUUCCCUGGGGCAGCCCCCGCUUUCCCGUCCGUGGUGAUGCUGGCUGCCGGGGACGUGUGGGGCGGGGGGACGUCGGUGUCCCCUGAGCGAGGGAAGCCCCUGUCCCUCUGCCAGGGGUGGGACACUGUGUAGGGGGGACGAGUCUUGCUGCAGCCCACCACGGAGAAACCGGGGCUCCCUCAGCACUGGGAUGCUCCCCAUCCCGGCACUGCCCCCUCCCAACACUCCUGUCAUUGUCACCGUCCCUUCCCCCGAGGGGGCUUUUAGCAUGUGGAAAGAAUAAACCAUCGGGGAAGAGGA